UAUAUAAAAGAAUAAAUAAAUAGAUAAAAGGUUUAAGAGAGAUAAAGGGGACCUCUUAAAGAUUUUGCUCUCCAUGCCCAAACCCUCUGAUUUGCAGAGAGAAUCCAAAGGACAGAGAAGAAGAAGAAGAAGAAGAACGCCAAGAACAGAAACAGAAUAGAAAGAUAUAUAAAGAGAAAGAGAGAGAGAGAGAGAAAGAGAAAGAGAGGGAUAGUUGAUUUUAAAAACUCCAAUCAACUCCUCCUUUAAUUUUUUUUUCUUCUUAUCCAAUCUGUUGAUUCUCUCUUUGACCGCGUUGUCGGCUACUCGGGGUGCUUGGCCUUAGUUUUUCUUGGUUGUGGAAAUUCUUCUCGUGACUGGAGAUUAAAACUUUGGAUCCAGGUGAGACGGCGAAUUUGGUGCCUCUCUUUACUGAUUGAACCGCGAAGAUAUGUUGGAGGGUCGGUCCUGUAACUCUUGUCUGGUCUCGAGGGUGUUUUCCAGCUCUUGCCAGCAAGAAACCAAGUGGUCUUCUUACAUGUAUCCGAGGCUAGGCGGUGAUACUGGCAAGCGUCCAUUGGAAAGUGAAGAUGACGGCGGGCUAAGUAAGUCUUUUAAGCUAUCAGAAUAUUCUUCUCCAGAAGCCAGGCGAGAGAAAGAACAAUCGGAGGAUUCUCCACUCCAUGAGGAUGAAGCACAGCAGUCGGAUGAUAGUCAAGACAAUCUUUCUGAGGAUUGUUCUGAAGCCAGGCUAGAGCAAGAACAGUUGGACCGCUACCAUCUUCAUGACUACAAGCCAGAGCAAUCUGAUUAUGACCAGCCUUAUGAUCAUGAGGAAGAGCAGUCUGAUGAUGACCUGUCCCAGUUCUGCUCUCAUGAAACCAGGCAAAACCAACAGCCCUCAGAUGAUGCCCAGCUCCAGGACCAUGAGCCCCAGCAAUUGGAUGAUGAGCUGCAGCAAGAAAACCAUGCUGGGGAUUCAUCAGAUUCGGAUCCUCUUAUCCAUCCCAUUGGUAGAGACAACUCAAUCAGUUGUCUUAUUCGAUGCUCCAGGGCUGACUAUGGGUCCAUUGCAUCGUUGAACCGGAGUUUCAAUUCCUUAAUAAGGAGUGGGGAGAUUUACAGAUUGAGGAGGCAGAAUGGGCUAGUUGAACAUUGGGUGUAUUUUUCUUGCCAGCUUCUUGAGUGGCAGGCCUUUGAUCCUAUUGGUCAAAGGUGGAUGAAUUUACCAAGGAUGGCUUCUAACGAUUGCUUUAUGUGGGCGGAUAAGGAAUCAUUGGCUGUGGGCACUGAGCUUCUUGUUUUUGGAAAAGGCUUGAACUCUCAUAUAAUAUAUAGAUACAGUAUUUUGACAAAUUCAUGGUCUUCUGGGAUGAGGAUGAACUUCCCUAGGUGCCUGUUUGGGUCUGCCAGCCUUGGAGAGAUUGCAAUCUUAGCUGGUGGUUGUGAUUCUAGUGGAAAUAUCUUGAACUCCGCUGAGCUCUAUAACUCAGAGAACCAAACUUGGACAACACUGCCAAGUAUGAACAAACCGAGGAAGAUGUGUUCUGGGGUUUUUAUGGAUAAGAAGUUUUAUGUAAUUGGAGGAAUUGGAGGAAGUGAUUCAAAGGUUCUUACAUGUGGAGAGGAGUAUGACUUGGAGACUAGGAAGUGGACUGAGAUCCCAAACAUGUCUCCAGCACGAUGUGCUGCAGCUGGGGAGAACGAUAAGCCUGUGGCAUCUGAGGCACCUCCUCUUGUUGCGGUGGUAAAUAAUGAACUCUAUGCUGCUGACUAUGCUGAUAUGGAGGUGAGAAAGUAUGAUAAGAACAGCAGAUCCUGGUAUACAGUGGGAAGACUGCCUGAGCAAGCAGUCUCAAUGAACGGAUGGGGUCUUGCAUUUAGGGCUUGUGGAGAUCGGCUUAUUGUGAUUAGUGGAGCUAGGACUUUGGGUGCAGGUUAUAUAGAGCUCAAUUCUUGGGUUCCUAGUGGAGGCCCUCCACAAUGGAACUUGCUUGCGAGAAGGCAGUCAAGUAACUUUGUCUAUAAUUGUGCUGUUAUGGGAUGCUAAAUUGGACUCUGAGAGUAUCCUGUUUCAAAUGGUGCCUUGCUGCCAACAGAUGUACAAGAUUGGUUUCUACUUCAACACAGCAUUCUUGCUAAUGGGUAAUUUGCCCCUUCUUUCUUUUUCAUAUAUUUCCCCUUUCAGGUGGGAAGGAUAGGCAAGAACUCAAAUCAACAGAAUGUUUUAUUUGAAGUUGAGUUCUUUUUUUUUUCCUUCGAAACUUCAUUCAAAAUUUUCUUUCAUUGAAUUUAUGCCUUCCCCCAGUUUUAGCAACAUGUCAGAGGUUGGCGUUAUGUAGCACAGAAAUAGUUUUAAUAAUUUGAAGUACCAACACAUUGGUAGGUUAUCGCAAGAGUUUGAUGAAACUUCUCUUUAAAAAAACAGAGCUAGUUAUAUCAGUUCAAUCCUUUAUUUUUAUUGGUAUUGUCUUCAAGGGAGAAAAUAAGUCUAGAGAGAUUUAUCCUGAAUGGUGGUUUAUGUAAUGAUUAUCUUUAUCUUGGCAAUUGAUGAGCUAUAUAUUAUGAGCAUCUCCCUGCUAUCUUUGUAA